GAUCUAGCAAAUCGUUAAAGUGGAAGUGUCGUCUUCGUUGCACGCGCAAUAUUUAUUUGGGAGUUCUACUUACCUACCUGAUGUGAUUACACAAAUUUUGUUGUAUAGACAUAAUAAAAUUAAAAAUUUUAUAGUCAAAAAUGUUUCGCUUAACCAAAUAUGUUACACCUGCGCUUUCGCGUGCUUUGAAAGACAAUUCUCACCAGAAUAAAAUGCUCAUAGUAAUACAUGGACAGAGGUUGUUUUCUAAUACAAUUGAUGAAAAAUUUGCCCUUAAGCAUGAAGAUAUUGGGCGGCCUCUCUAUUUUGAUGCUCAAGCAACAACACCUAUGGAUCCUAGAGUACUUGAUGCUAUGCUUCCCUACCUAGUCAGUUACCAUGGAAAUCCUCAUUCCCGAACCCAUGCUUAUGGGUGGGAAAGUGAGGCAGCAGUAGAAAAAGCCAGAGAACAAGUGGCUCAGUUGAUUGGAGCUGACCCAAAAGAGAUAAUAUUUACUUCAGGAGCAACAGAGUCUAACAACAUAUCUGUAAAAGGUGUUGCACGGUUUUAUGCACCAAGGAAGAAGCAUGUUGUCACCACACAAAUUGAACAUAAAUGUGUUUUGGACUCAUGUCGAGCUUUAGAAGGAGAAGGCUUCAAAGUAACUUACUUACCUGUACACAGCAAUGGCAUAAUUGACCUAAAGGAAUUAGAAAAUGCACUGACACCUGAAACAAGUCUGGUCUCCAUUAUGACAGUGAACAAUGAAAUAGGUGUACAACAACCAAUCGCUGAAAUCGGAGCUAUCUGUAAAAGUAAAAAGAUAUUUUUUCACACUGAUGCAGCACAGGCAGUUGGAAAAAUUCACCUGGAUGUAAAUAAAAUGAAUAUUGAUUUGAUGUCAAUAUCUGGUCACAAAUUGUAUGGUCCUAAGGGCGUCGGCGCGCUGUUUAUCAGGCGAAGACCUCGAGUGCGAGUUGAACCCAUACAAAGUGGAGGAGGGCAAGAAAGAGGCAUGAGGAGUGGUACAGUCCCUACUCCUCUAGUUGUUGGAUUAGGUGCAGCUUGCGAACUGGCGGAGCGUGAAAUGGCGUACGAUCAUGCUUGGAUCGAGAAAUUAGCCCAGAGAUUCUUGGAUAAAAUAAACUCUAGACUUUCACAUGUCAUACGAAAUGGAGAUCCAAAAGAAACAUAUUUAGGCUGUAUAAAUCUGUCCUUUGCUUUUGUUGAAGGAGAAUCAUUGUUAAUGGCAUUGAAAGAUGUGGCAUUAUCUAGUGGAUCUGCGUGUACAUCAGCAUCACUUGAACCUUCAUACGUAUUGCGAGCAAUAGGAACUGAUGAAGACUUAGCUCAUAGCUCAAUCAGAUUUGGUUUGGGAAGAUUUACGACAGAAGACGAAGUAGACUACACAGCUGAAAAAACAAUAAGACAUGUGGAGAGGCUUCGGGAAAUGAGUCCCUUGUGGGAGAUGGUACAAGAAGGUGUAGAUAUUAAAACAAUACAAUGGUCACAGCAUUAAUAAUGUAAUAUAAUAUUUUAAAAAAAGAUAUCCAAUAAGGAACAAAAAUUAUGACUUAUUUUAAAGAGGAUCUGGUGAGAAUACGUAUAUAACUAUUGAUAACUUAUAAUGAGAUUUUGUUCAUGUCCCUUUAUAGGACAAUAAAAAUUUAUAUUAAUCAAGAUGACAAUGUGAUAAAAAAUUGAGCAAGGAAAGAUAAUUGUUGAACAAAAUAAGUGAUAACAUGUGUAGCAGUCUUUUGUUUAUAAUAUUAUCAUGGUAGAAUUGUGAAAUGAUGAAACUAUGUCAAAAUAUUUUAAACUGUUCAAUUUAUUUAUGAAUACAUAUUAUUAGAUUAUGUAUUAUUGAGCGUAUAUAUUAUUUUUUGUUAAUAAAUAAAGGCUGCUUUUAUGUAAA